CUUAUUUCGUCUGGUAUCAGUAACACGUCUUUUACCAUGGACAAUUCUACUCCAGCUACAGGUAUGCAUCAGGAGAAUGAAAAGAAGAAAUUGAAAGGAGACAGAUUGCCAUGUUCUCCUUCACGUGUCCUUCAUAUUUGUCACAUUCCAAAUGACGUUACUGAAGCAGAAGUCAUUUCGUUAGGCCUCCCUUUUGGCAAAGUAACCAACCUCUUGAUGCUAAAAGGAAAAAGACAGGCAUUUUUGGAAAUGGCUUCUGAAGAAGCUGCUGUUAGUAUGAUGAACUACUAUACUCCUGCUACACCUUACCUCCACCGUCAGCCUGUUUAUAUUCAGUAUUCCAAUCACAGAGAACUUAAGACUGACAAUCUACCUAAUCAGGCUAGAACCCGAGCUGCGUUGCGAGCUGUGAAUGCUAUGCAGCUUGGAAACAUGGGUAUGGCAAAUGCUCUUGCUGUUGAAGGUCGACUCCUUCCGGGUCAAAGUUCUGUUCUUCGAAUCAUUGUUGAAAAUCUGUUCUACCCUGUCAGUUUAGAAGUGCUCUAUCAGAUUUUCUCUAAAUUUGGAUCUGUCUUGAAGAUUAUCACCUUCACUAAGAAUAAUCAGUUCCAAGCUUUGCUCCAGUAUGCUGAUCCAAUGGAUGCACGUUAUGCCAAAUUGUCUCUGGAUGGUCAAAGUGUCUACACUGGCUGCUGCACUCUGCGUGUUGAUUUCUCCAAGUUAAAUAGCCUUAAGAUAAGGUACAACAAUGACAAAAGUAGAGAUUUUACUCGCUGUGACCUUCCUUCUGGUAAUCAACACCCACCCUCGGAACCAUCCGUACUUGCUGCCUAUGGCACCCAAAAUAUCAUCUUCCCAUCAUAUGCAGGGGCUGCUGGGUUUGCCUCAUCCAUGGGCUUUCCUCAAGGUGCUGGUCUUUCAGUUCCAGGUGUUCCUGGAGCAGUUGCAGUCAACACACCUGCAAUGUCUGGACACAUGACUGUUCCUGGGGUUACUGGUAUUCCAGUAAAUUCUGUUUUAUUAGUCAGCAACCUCAACUCUGAAGUCAUCACACCAGACGGACUUUUCAUCCUAUUUGGUGUGUAUGGUGAUGUGCAUCGUGUGAAGAUCAUGUUUAAGAAAAAAGGAAAUGCUUUGGUUCAGAUGGCAGAUGCGGUCCAGGCUCAAAUAGCUAUCACCUACUUGAAUGGACAGAGGCUUUAUGGAAAGGUUCUCUGUGCUACUCUUUCAAAACAUCAGACAAUUCAACUUCCUCGUGCGGGACAAGACAACCAUGAUCUGACGAAGGACUAUAGCAAUAGCCCUUUACAUCGCUUUAAGAAGCCUGGCUCUAAGAACUUCCACAAUAUCUUUCCUCCGUCUGCCACCCUGCAUCUCUCCAACAUCCCGCCUUCUGUUACUGAUCAUGAUCUGACGAACCUUUUUGCAAAAGCAGGAUCUACUGUGAAAGCCUUCAGAUUCUUCCAGAAAGAUUGCAAAAUGGCUCUUAUCCAGCUGGGCUGUGUGGAAGAAGCGCUUCAUGCUCUCAUUGAGCUUCACAAUUAUGACCUUGGAGAAAACCAUCGCCUCCGAGUUUCCUUCUCAAAAUGUACAAUCUGA